GUUUAAAAUGACAGUCUCAAGUUCAUUUAGAAAGAGAAGGCUAAUUCAAAGAAACAGCAAGGCAAGCUUCCUUUCUCUGUAGGAAUCAUUAUUAUCCCCCUUUGUCAUGGCCCACCUGGGAGCCCAUUUUGCCUUUAGAUCCCGCUGGCAGAAGACCGACGAUGAACUCUGUAGACAUAGCAUGUCUUUUAUCCUUCACAAAGCCAUUCGCAAUGACUUCUUUCAGAGCUAUCUCUACCUGCUGGAAAAAAUUCCCCUGGAUCUGAUACAUAUCUGUCAUUUUGGGAUUUCUUUUCAUUGGAUUCCUGGUUAAUUACGUCAUCUUUCAUCGUGCAUCUUCUCUUGAUCGUAACCCUCAUUGGGCUGGAAUAUAGCUUCAAGAAACUUCUGAAGAAUGAAUCUAUAGGAGUGAAAUUGUACGCUUUAACAAGCCAAGUCAUCAAUGGUGAGAUGCAGUUCUAUGCCAGAGCUAAACUUUUCUACCAAGAAGUACCAGCCACAGAAGAGGGUAUGAUGGGAAAUUUCAUUGAACUGUCCAGCCCAGACAUCCAGGCCUCUCAGAAAUUUCUUAGGAAAUUUGUUGGGGGGCCUGGGAGAGCUGGAACAGACUGCGCCUAGGACUGCGGCUCCGGGAUAGGAAGGGUCAGCAAACACGUCUUAUUGCCUGUUUUCAACAGUGUGGAGCUGGUGGAUAUGAUGGAAUCCUUUCUCCUUGAAGCCCAGAACUACCUGCAGGUCAAAGGUGACAAAGUAGAAAGCUACCACUGCUACAGCCUGCAGGAAUUCACACCCCCCUUCAGGAGAUAUGAUGUCAUCUGGAUUCAGUGGGUCUCUGGGCACCUGACUGAUAAGGACCUUCUUGCAUUUCUUUCCCGGUGCCGAGAUGGCCUGAAAGAAAAUGGCAUCAUCAUAUUGAAGGACAAUGUGGCCCGGGAGGGCUGUAUCCUUGAUCUCUCUGACAGCAGUGUGACUCGGGACAUGGACAUCCUCCGGAGCCUAAUAAGGAAGAGUGGGCUGGUGGUGCUGGGCCAGGAGAAGCAGGAUGGCUUCCCAGAGCAGUGCAUCCCCGUGUGGAUGUUCGUACUGCACAGCGACAGACACUCCUGAAAAAGCAGUGGGAAUGAACGACUGGACUGGGCAGUGGUGCUUUGGGAUGGGGUUGCUAUCCUUCCAGGUGCCCCUUGUAAUGCAGAUAGGGAUGGCAAGAAAAGGGAUACAACGUAUGUCUGCAAAUUAUUUGUGAUAUAAUAUGUACAUGUUUUCAGUGAUUAUAUAAUGCACUCACUCUGAUGAGACAUGCACAAAUUCUGUGGAUUUUCUGAAAAAAAAAUGGAGUGAAAUAUCAAGAAACGUGCUUUAAAUCCGUUUGUAUGUAUCUAAACUGUGCAAGCGUGCAUGAAAACAGAAGGCAUAAAGGACAGCUGGCCUGCAUCAGUAUUUGUAAAAAUUGUCUUUCACAACAUCCUAGACAAAAAUGGUGAGUUUUUUUUUGUUUUUCCAUCACAAGAUGAAGUCAGCAUUCUGUGCAUCAAGGAAAACAAAUAAUUUAGCUUUGGGGGUUGUUCAAAUAAAGCAUUUGUCUACUCAAACAAAAAAAAAAAAAAAAGAAAAAGAAACAAUGCCCACAUAUUCCAAACUGUCUUGUUCCCUGAUAAUUAGUAUUAUAGAGUAUUCUGGUGGGGGUGGGGGUAGGAGAAAAUCUACACUCCUUUCCCCGCCUUCAUGUCAGCUACAUUAUACUUCCUCUUUGGUACUACUACUUCUCUUGAACAAACAACUCCCUCUAAUUAAGAAGACACUAGUCAAAAUAAUCUUGUGAAAACAAGUCCAUUAUUUAAUUUUCUCGUUAGCCUUUCUCUUGGCAGAAAAGGUAUUUGGUUUCACUUUCUAUUUCGGGUCAGUUUUACUACCCAAUGAUGUAAUAUGGAUGUAAUUUGAUAACAGAAGUCUGCAUUACAGUGAUGGGAAGUAUCUCCUUUCAGGAGAAAAUGUUGUGCCCUGAAAUUUCAACCUUUAACAUAUAAGUAAAUGUCAUUGAUAAUCUAAUUUUAGUCUUUGGUUUUCAACAUGGCUUGGUUCAUCGCAGCUGCUCCUGGGGUCUUGAUUGAUAUGAAUGUAUAUUGGAAAGAGAAGCAGCAAAAGAAAUGGACAAGGAAAUGAUAAACCUGAAAAUUGACUAGCUGGACACUGGUUUAAUUAAAAAUAAUCUAAAAU